AUGAAGAGUACUUGUCCUCCCUCAAACGAUUAGCUUUUACUAAACAAUCCCAUGGCCGCCAGUUAUACGUACGGGUUGACCCGAUGGAUUCCUUCAGUGGAUACAAAGCGGCUUUGAAGUCAAGGAAAUUAUGGUAGGACAAUCUGUCUCUCCUUUCAUGGAUUAUGUAACUUUUUGGAGGUUCUACAUCAUGUGCGGUAGUAAAACACAGCAAUAGCCCUGAAUUUUCACUGGAAAACAUUGAAAAAGAAAUUAAGCAACUUUAUAUUUCCGGCAGUGGUAGAUAUUUCCUUAAUUUCUCAAAGAAAUUGUACCUCAUAGCCAGGGCCUUAACUGGGAAAUAUGCAAGGCAAAAAAAAAAUGAUUCUUAAACUACCAUCUCAAGCCAUUGUCAGCUGAGUGAGCCGCAGACAUUUGGAGAAUUCAAUUCUGAAUCAGAAUUUAAUCAACUCAUAAUCUGGUGAAUGAUGGUAAUGGUGAUGGUGAUGGCGAGCAAGAAACAAGAGCAGAAUCGAAACAUUUAACGAUAGAUGAUAAUGGAAGCUAAAAAGAAGAGUCAACAAAAAGACUAAAUUCAAUUGCUUCGAGAUAUCAAACACAGAACGGGCGGGCAGUGAUGAUUGCAAGACGACGGCGACGACGCUGACGGCGAUGAUGAUAGAUGCUCGCUUGCAUGGAUGGUGAUGGAUAGUGGCAGCAGCAGACGGGGUGGCUAUGAGAACUUUGUUGAACCGAUUUUGGGGCAAAUGUCACGUAGUUGGAAGUGUAACCGUUGUCGAGCGUUUAGGCCGCUGGAGCUGUGCUACGUGAAAUCAUAUUUAAAUCGAAGAUGCAAGUUAGCUACAUGCAUCAGUCAACAGAAGUUGCCUUGAGAAUCAAGUACAACGAGAAGAGCUUCAGCAACACUUGGUGACUAAAGAAACAGCGCAAAGAUGAAAUUCUUCGUAGCCACCCUCUCCAUUGCAUUGAUUGCAAUGGCUACUGCCUCCGGCUACAAUGCACCCAGCAACUAUGGCCAACAAGCUGCCGUUGCUGAUACCGGUGCCGCUGCCGCCGCCGGCGGUAACGCUGGUAACUUCCACCACGGUCUUGGCAAUGCCGCUGAUGCUGGCGCUUCCGGUGCCGCCGCUGCCGCUGAUACCGCCAACACUGCCAAUGUUGCCGCUUCCACCUAUGGCAGCAACAACAACCUUCCUUAUGCCCCCCAAAACUCCAGAGGCAACAGCAUCAGCUCUUCUAUCACUUAUCCCAACAACAAGGGUGAAAUCCUUAUCCACCGUCCCGCUGCCAUCAUUGUCAAGCGUCCACCCACCAAGGUCGUUGUCAACCAUCCCCCACUAGUUGUUAAGCCCGCCCCAGUUGUCAUGCACAAGCCCCCAGCAGUCGUUUUGCGCAAGGUCGUCGUCAAGCACCACCCCCGCCCAGUCAAGGUUGAACCUGUCUACGUCAAUGUUGUCAAGCCCCCAGCAGAGAAAUACUUCGUCAACGAGAAACAACAACAAUACACCGCCAACCCCGCUGCCUUCGCUCCCGUCAACUUGGCCCCUGGCUCUUUUGCCCCAGCUGCCGCUGGUAAUGGUGCUGCCGCUGCUGCCGGUAACGGUGCUGCUGCUGCCACCGCCGAUAAUGCCCACCACAACGGUUACCAAUUGUUGCCCGGUUCCGGUAACUUGGCUGCUUUGGCUCACCUCCCCGGCUAUGGUGCUCAUCAUGGUGCUAACUAUGGUGCCAACUACGGUAGCCCCGCCUAUGGUGCUCCAUCUUAUUAAGAAGCCUUCAAAAAUGGCUCUUCACUGACACACACACACUCACACUCAGCUGAAGAGUUGAAAGUUGGAAAAAGUUUGCGAAAAAAACAAACAUUCUGUCCUAUC